AUGAGCCUCCCGCUGAUAGUCGACCACAGAAACAACGCUGCUUUACCCGACAAGUUCAAAUGUAGAGUCGGUUGGGAAUGGAAGACCUGGGACGCUUUCUCCAAACGCCAGCAGGGUUUGGUCGAAAGAGAGCUCAAGCGCGGAAACGAAAUCGACGCAGCAAACACUGGAAUGACGUGCCGCGAACACGCGGAACCUCGCAAUGAAUUUGAGUGCCAAGUUUGUGGCCUUGUCAAGGAUGGCAAACAGUUCAGCAAAAACACCAAAAGGAACGGUGAAUAUAUCUGCAUGAGAUGUGUUGCCUGGACCGAAACGCAGGAGCCCGGAGUUACGCCGACGUAUCUGGAAACGGGCCAUAUUUCCAUCGAAGAGGAAGGUGCCGGAAUAUGGUCAGAACGCGACAGUGACGGGGCCAUGAAUUUCCAGCAUGACAAGCCGCCUCAUGUUCCCAUCGCUGACUUUGCAUCCCUCGGACUGAACGAGGGCAAUGGCGGCCAACUCACUUACAACAACCCCAGCACGGACUUUGGAGCAGUCGACUGGUCGUCUAUCCCUGCCCAUGUUCAGGAAGCGCUGCGGGCCAUCAAGACGGAGGACAUGUCCAGCAGUGUGUCCCAAGCUGAACUGCAGAGCGAGUCGAGCAUCACCGGAGGGAUGCUGCCGCACCUGCGGGGCCAGGUCUGUCCUGGCGCCUCCUACACGUCCGUAGCAGCUUCCGAGCUCGCGUUGCCACCGCAUCUACGGAAACCACAUGCCUCCCGUCAUCCUACUGCCCCUGAAGAGUGGACGACAAUUCAAUGCCCGGACAGUGUCUCGACUGCCACGACGCUUCGAGGGGCGAGAAAUUACCAGAACGUCCCGGGGGUUCCGUUCAACGCGUGGGGUCCCGAUGGUCAAAAGUAUUCGGGAGUCAAGGUACCCACGGCAUCAUCGGCCACGGACGAGGAAUCGGCACCUUCCAGCUGGGCCGAGAACGAGCGUCCUGGUCAGCAAAGCGGCUGGCAGCAGACGGUCGAAAAAUCAACCAGGCCCAAGGGUAAGGGCAAUUGGCACAAACCGAAGCGCUUGACUGCAUCUGAGCUCCGACAGCCCGAAGGUUUCAUGCCCCGGGGGGUUGUCGACGUUUCACGCCGGGCAUUUGUCGAUCCCAAAAUCGACCAACAGAGAAGAGCAAACUAUCGCGAGUGA